GGUCACGAACAUAGUGCCAAUUUUCUAACAUUUUAAAUACAUGUUCUACUCCAAACCAAUGUCAAUAUCAUAUCCAUCCUUUAAAUUCCAUUCCUUUUCGUGCCAAACUCCAAAACCCAUUGUUAAGAAAUCUUACUCCAUGGAUUUUCAGUUUAUCCAAACGCUUUCAUUCAUUGCUUUCACACUAAUAUUGGUGUUUAAGUACAAAGCUCGAACAAGAAGGCUUCCUCCUGGUCCAUGGAAGCUCCCUAUUAUAGGCAACCUACACCAACUCGGUGACUCAUCCCAUAAAUCCAUUCAAAGACUCUCCCAACAAUAUGGGCCGAUGAUGUUUCUGCAACUCGGUGCCAUUCCAACACUGGUUAUCUCUUCCGCAGAUGCGGCAAUGGCGAUCUUCAAAGGCCCCGGCGGCGGCCAUGAUCUCGCCUUCUCUGGUAGACCUACUAAUUUAUACGUUGCGAAGAAGCUAAGUUAUGAAUAUAACAGUAUAACUUUCGCUCCUUAUGGUGAAUUAUGGAGGGAAAUGAGGAAGAUAGCAAUAACGGAACUUCUUAGUUCAAAGAGGGUCCAAUCGUUUCGAACUAUAAGAGAAGAAGAAGUUGCAGCAAUGGUGAAUCAUAUUGAUAUAGCUUCCUCGUCAUCAGCCCCAGUAAAUCUUAAAAAACUCUCACUUUUGUUGUCGAACGACGUUGUAUGUCGCGUUACAUUUGGUAAAAAAUACGGCGGCGGAGGUGACGAUGGUACGAACAGAUUCGAUAGGGUGUUGCAUGAUAUUCAGCAUCUGGUGGGAGAAUUUGUUGUGUCAGAUUACUUUCCAUGGAUGUGGUGGGUGAAUAAGUUGAAUGGUAUGGAAACAAGAGUUGAAAAGAACUUCAAAGAACUUGACAAGUUGUACGAUGAAGUAAUUGCCGACCAUGUUGCUCCGACAAGAACUAAAGCUAACCAUGAAGACAUUGUUGAUGUUCUUCUUCGGUUGCAAAAGGAUGCACGUCAACUUAUCACUCUUAACAAUCAGCAAAUCAAGGGUGUCCUCUCGGACAUGUUCAUAGCGGGGACUGAUACGACAGCUUCAGCUCUGGUUUGGACCUUCACUGAACUGAUAAGAAAUCCACCAUCAAUGGAGAAGGUGAAAUAUGAGGUACGAAAAGUUGGCAAUGGAAGAGACAAAAUUGAAGAAAGUGACAUUCCCAAACUAAAUUACUUACACUCAGUCAUAAAAGAGACACUUAGGCUCCACCCACCAGCUCCUCUAUUGGUCCCCCGAGAAACAAUUAAGGACUGUGUUGUUGGAGAUUACGAGAUCCCGGCCAAAACAAGGGUUAUCAUCAAUGCGAAAUCAAUUGGAACUGAUCCGAAAUAUUGGGAAAACCCUCAUGACUUUCGACCUGAUAGAUUCAUUAAAAGUUCAGUUGAUUUCAAGGGGCAACAUUUGGAGUUUUUUCCUUUUGGAGUAGGACGAAGAGGUUGUCCAGGGACAAGUUUCGCAAUUAUGCUUCUUCAGCUCGUGGUGGCAAAUUGCUUAUAUCGGUUUGAUUGGAAAUUGUCUGAGGGAAUGAGUGUUGAGGACGUGGAUAUGGAAGAAGAAUUAGGGAUCACAGUAUUCAAGAAAACUCCUCUUUGUUUGGUACCUAUUAGGGUUGUGUAAUUCCUUACUUUGCAUUAAUAAAUUUGUCAUUUGAGUUUUAACUCAGUUAGCAUCGAUAUUGUUGUCAAUGUAAAAAGACUUAAAUUCCUCUUUGUUUGGUACCUAUUAGGGUUGUGUAAUUCCUUACUUUGUAUUAAUAAAUUUGUUAUUUGAAUUUUAA